UAAAGGGACCGAUGUGUUUCUGGGGAGCAGGGGCGCUCCGAUAAGGUUCUGUGGCGUUCGGGUGGAUUUCCUGCCGGAGAAAAUGGACACAUUAAAUAAACUGAAGCAGUUUGACGCUUUUCCUAAAACUCUGGAGGAUUUCCGAGUGAAGACGUGGGGAGGAGCGGCCGUGACCAUCAUCAGUGGCAUCAUCAUGCUGAUCCUGUUCGUCUCAGAGCUGCAGUACUACCUGACUAAAGAGGUCCACCCUGAGCUCUACGUCGACACGUCCAGAGGAGACAAACUCAAAAUUAACAUCGACGUCAUUUUCCCCCACAUGCCCUGCGCCUAUCUCAGUAUAGAUGCGAUGGACGUGGCUGGUGAGCAGCAGCUGGACGUGGAACACAACCUGUUCAAGCAGCGGCUGGAUAAGGAUCUCCAACCGGUCACCGACGAGGCAGAAAAACACGAGCUGGGUGGAGCUGAUGACGGGGCAACGUUCGACCCGAGCACGCUGGACCCCAACAGAUGUGAGAGCUGCUACGGCGCCGAGACCGAAGACCUGAAGUGCUGUAACACCUGUGACGACGUCCGUGAAGCGUACCGGCGGCGCGGCUGGGCCUUUAAAAGCGCCGACACCAUCGAACAGUGUAAGAGAGAAGGCUUCACGCAGAAGAUGAUGGAGCAGAAGAACGAGGGCUGUCAGGUUUACGGCUUCCUGGAGGUCAACAAGGUGGCAGGAAACUUCCACUUUGCUCCAGGAAAAAGUUUUCAACAGUCCCACGUCCACGUUCACGCUGUGGAAAUCCAUGACCUGCAGAGCUUUGGACUAGAUAAUAUCAACAUGACGCAUCUGAUUAAACACCUGUCGUUUGGUAAAGAUUACCCCGGCAUCGUUAACCCGCUGGAUGGAACCGACGUCUCGGCACCGCAAGCAUCCAUGAUGUACCAGUAUUUUGUGAAAAUUGUCCCGACAAUCUACGUAAAAACAGACGGAGAGGUGGUAAAAACCAACCAGUUUUCUGUCACCAGGCAUGAGAAAGUCGCCAAUGGUUUAAUAGGCGAUCAGGGUCUGCCAGGCGUCUUUGUUCUGUAUGAGCUUUCACCCAUGAUGGUGAAGUUCACAGAAAAACACAGAUCAUUCACGCACUUCCUGACGGGAGUCUGCGCCAUCAUCGGAGGCAUCUUCACAGUGGCAGGACUGAUCGACUCGCUCGUCUACCACUCUGCUCGGGCCAUCCAGAAGAAGAUAGAGCUGGGCAAGGCGUCCUAACAGAUCGCCCGCCUGGUGCCAGCACUUCAGACCCAGACGCUGAGAAACCAGAGGACAGAAACGGGCAGCGAGGAGGAGGAGGAGCAGGAGGAAGAGUUUGCCUCCUCUAAUCGGCUUUGAACCUUUAAUAAACUGAGAGAGAAAUCCACAGAAGUUCCUCUGGGUUCCUGUGGGAGGAGCUCUGGACAGAAAGAGGCGGAGCUCUUUGGAUUUUCCUCUCCACUGUCGGAUCUCUUGGCACCGGGAGGAAGGAGACAGACUCAGA